AUGAUGGACAGCGACGAGGAUGUGUUUUUGACACAGAGUCGAUUUUCUCAGGAAGAACUUGAUGGGUAUAUGAGGCGAAUGGGCAAAUCAAUCAAUCUAUUUGAGGACGAGGCCUUUAAAGGGACUGUUGGGGCGCUUGAUGCCGCUAUGAAGGAACUUGCUUCAACAGGGUAUGAACCGGGAACGCGGGAACAGUGCCGGCCCAUCACCAUCGACGAGGAAGAAACGCUAUGGGAAAAAGGCGAACUCGGGAGGUCAAAACACAAGAAAGCUGAGCCGAAAAUAGUUAAAGCAUUUGACAACCAGCAGAACAAGAACCGCUGUUAUGUGCACCUUUGGGAGAAGUAUACCUCAUUAUGCCCGAAAACUUGCAAACAUGAUGCUUUCUACCUCGCUCCCCUCAAGAUUGUCAAGUCUGACUGCUGGUUUAUGGCGUCUCCAGUUGGUAUCAACACUCUCAAAACCGCGGUUAAAAGGAUGUGCGAGAAAGCGGGAAAAGCAGGGGAAAAACAACAACCAUUCUUUGAGGGUAUCGGCUGCGACGAGACUGUUUGAUGCAAAAGUUGACGAACAGCUCAUAUGC